AUGGCGGCCACGCGAAGCGCAGCUCUCAAGCUCGACUGGACCAAGAUCACCAGCUCGCUCGGCCUCCGCGGUCAGACCGUCGCCUCACUCCAGGCCUUCAAGAAGCGCAAUGAGGACGCCCGUCGCAAGAUCCAGCAGCUCCAGGAGCAGGCCACUACCGUCGACUUUGCCGCCUACCGAUCUCUUCUCAAGAACCAGGCCGUCGUCGAUGAGGUCGAGAAGCGCUUCAAGGCGUUCAAACCCGCUACCUACGAUGUGACCCGCCAGCUCAAGGCCAUUGAGGCUUUUGAGGUCGAGGCCGUUAAAAACGCUGAGGCUACCAAGCAGGCUGUUGAUCUUGAGCUUAAAGAUCUCGCCGCUACCUUGAAGAACAUCGAAGAGGCUCGUCCUUUUGAGGACCUCACUGUCGAUGAAGUUGCUGCUGCCGAGAAGUCCAUUGAUGAGAAGGCACACCAACUUAUCUCCAAGGGCAGAUGGAUGGUGCCUGGAUACAAGGAGAAGUUCGGCGAUCUUGCCCUGGUGUAA